AUGGCUAAAAAUAAAAUUGUGUUUGUUACUGUUGGUACAACUAAAUUUGAUGAUUUAAUAGAUAAAGUUGAUACACCAAAAUUCUUUAAUUUGUUAAAAGAACUUGGUUAUAACAAAUUAAUUAUUCAAAUAGGUAAUUACACUAAAGAAAUUGAAAAUUCAGUACCAUUAACUAAAGAAAUCGAAGAUUCAUUAUUUGGUAAAUCAUCAUCAACUUUUGAUUCAUAUUAUUUCGAUUACAGACCAUCACUUUCAGAUUAUAUGAAAAAUGCAGACUUGAUUGUAUCACAUGCAGGUUCAGGAUCGAUUGUAGAAUCAUUAGAAAAUAAUAAACCAUGUUUAUGUGUAGUUAAUGAUAAAUUAAUGCAUAAUCACCAAGUUGAGCUAGCAGAUAAAUUAUCAGAACUUUGUUAUAUUUUAUCAAGUACACCUGAUUCAUUAUACGAAAAUUUCGAAAAUGGUAAAUUGGUAGAAUACAUUAACAAUAGAGAGCAUUUAGACCCAAGUAUUUUAAAUAAAUCACAAAAAUUAUUUGCAAAUUCAUUAAAAAGCGAAUUUAAUAUAAAAGGAGAUCAAACAAAUAAUAAUAAAUCAUUAAAAACAAUGGUAGUUUUAGGUUCUGGCGGUCAUACUACUGAAAUGUUUUAUUUAUUAAAAAAUGUCGAUAGAUCUAGAUUCAAUCCAUUUGUUUAUGUUUUAGCAGACAAUGAUAAAAGAUCAGAGGAUAAAAUAUUUAUUGAAGAAAGCAAUUAUAGAAAGAAUGACGAUAAAGAAAGUAGAAAUGUUGGACAAUCAUAUAUUCAUAGUAUUUUUACAACUUUAAUCGCAUUAUUUUAUUCAAUGUUAUUAAUAUUUAAAGAAAGACCAGAUGUUUUAAUAUGUAAUGGACCAGGUACCUGUGUACCAUUAUGCCUUGCUGUUAAAAUACUCACUUGGUUACGUAUAAAGAAAUCAAAGGUUGUUUAUAUUGAAAGUUUAGCAAGAGUCAAAGAUCUAUCACUAUCAGGUAAAAUAUUACAACAUUUAUCAGAUUGGACCGUGGUUCAAUGGCCCGAAUUAAUCGAAAAACUAAUAACUUCAAAAAAUGUUGCUUGUAUAAAUUUAUUUUUUAAAACUUUUUAA